CUGAAGGACACGGCUACCAACUUGAAGAACGGCCAAGAACUCACCAUGAACAUCAUCAGCGAAGCAUUCGUCGAGAAUGUACAUGCGACUGCUGUAGACGCUCCUCCGGAGUUCGACGAGUGGGCUCUCAGUGGUCUGACCAAGGACAAAUGUGUACCCUCGCACGUCAAGGAAAGCACUUUUAGUAUGGAAUGCGAGGUAUAUAUCACGCACCCAGUCAUAGGCGAGCACAACAGCAUGCUCAUCCUCGCGUACGUCAAGUACUUCCAUGUA